AGUAAAUCAUGAACAUGAUAUGAUUAAUAUAAUCAAGUUAACUUCAAACUUUUGUAAAUCUAGUAGGUUUAUAGGGGCACUCUUCCCAGUGGAGAGCUGAUUGCGAUCAAACGAGCCCAACAAGGAUCAAUGCAGGGUUCGCUGGAAUUCAAAACAGAGAUUGAACUUCUAUCUAGAGUCCAUCAUAAAAAUGUUGUUAGUCUACUAGGAUUUUGUUUUGAGCGACAUGAACAAAUGCUAAUAUACGAAUUUGUUCCAAACGGCACUUUGUAUGAAACUCUAUCAGGAAAGUCAGGAAUCAAAGUGGAUUGGACCAGGCGACUCAAGGUAGCCCUUGGUGCAGCUAGAGGCCUGGCAUAUCUGCAUGAACUUGCCAAUCCUCCCAUCAUACAUAGGGACAUUAAAUCGGCUAACAUAUUAUUGGAUCAACACCUUAUUGCUAAAGUUGCCGAUUUUGGUCUUUCCAAGUCUAUAGAUGACAGUGAAAAAGGUCAUGUUACAACUCAAGUCAAAGGUACAAUGGGCUACAUGGAUCCUGAAUAUUAUAUGACCCAACAGCUAACAGAAAAGAGUGAUGUUUAUAGUUUUGGGGUGCUUUUGUUGGAGCUAAUAACUGCAAAAAAACCAAUAGAGCGAGGGAAGUAUAUUGUAAAAGAGGUGAGAAUGGUAAUGGAUAAGGCAAAAGACUUGUAUAGUCUUCAUCAUAUUCUUGACCCAGCCAUUUUGGAUACAAGCCUGAAAGGUUUAGAGAAGUUUGUGGACCUAGCAAUGAGCUGUGUGGAAGAAUCAGGAGUUGAUAGGCCUAAAAUGGGUGAAGUGGUAAAAGCGCUUGAAAAUGUCAUGCAUAUUGCUGGGAUGAAUCCCAACGUUGAGACACCCACAAGUUUAGCAAGUUAUGAGGAGGCAUCUAAGGGAAGUCCCUUCCAUCCUUUUAGCGAUGAGUCCCUUGCUAAUAGUAGUACAUUUCCAGCUUCAAAUUAAGGUUUGAACAUGUAUUGCAUUUAACUUUAGAUUUUGGAGCAUUGAACAACUUCUGUGUCUAGCAUUUAGUUUGACAAGAGGAUCUAUAUAUAUGUGUGUGAAAAUUAGAAUGCCCUAGUGCUUAAAAUAUCAAGAUUGUCUCUAAAAUUAUUUAAAUACUCUUAAUAAAUCUUCUUUACAUGUUGAUUCACAAAGAGUAUUUAAAUGUUUUCAUAGGCAAUCUUGGUAUUUCAAAAAUAUUUAUAUGUGUGUGUACAACUGUACAAGUAUGCUUUGUAUUGUAUCUCUUUCGUUUGUUCCAAACUGAAAUGGAUAUAGAUGAUGGCAAAGAAUUGUGUAGAAAGAUCCUAAAAUGCUUUAGGAGCAAUGUUGCAGUGAGGCAAUCUCUCCCAAUUUUAUUUUUGGUGUUUAUCAUAUUCUCAAAAUUACAUCGGUAAAUAAUUACUUUUUUAUCUU